GAUCCGACAGUAACUCAGAAGCCUUCAGACCGGCCUUUUGUUUUUACUUUCGAAAAAUUUUAGUUUCAACAAAAAGAGUUUUCCCGUGAAGCCAUCCCCGAGCGGAAGGGAUGGAUCUAGUCAUCCGCAAUCCGUUGAGAAAUGCCCGGAAAAACCAAAGCACAUUCAUUUCCAAGGCUGGAGGCAGCAGUAGUCAUACAAGAUGCAGAACCUGCAGAUUUUGAACGGGCAAUAUCAGCCGCUGGCUAUGGAAAAUUCAACGUUAUCCUGUACAUCGUUUCGACAGCUGCGGGAUGGUCAUCAGUAUUCGAAACAACGACGAUGUCGUAUGUGUUCCCGGCUGCAGAAUGUGAUCUACAGCUCACUUUGAACCACAAAGGGAUCCUAAAUGCAAUCACUUACGCUGGAAUGAUAUCCAGCGCAUGUCUAUGGGGUUAUCUAUGCGAUACUUUGGGAAGAAAGAAACUUUUAUAUAUCGGACUACUACUGGAUGGUCUAUUUUUCCUGAUGGCAGCAUCUUCCCAGAACUUCCCGUUGCUGAUGGUGGCCAAAUUUCUAGGAGGGUUCAUUAUCAAUGGGCCGUUUGCAGCACUAACGGCCUACCUUUCCGAAUUUCACUGUGCUAAGAACAGAGCCAGGGUACAAAUGAUCCUGGGGGCGAUUUUCAGUCUGGGAAACCUUCUACUGCCUGUUUUGGCACUAAUCAUACUCCCCGUCCAGAUGAACUUCAAUAUAGGAAACCUAGAAUUUCAUUCCUGGAACAUCUACUUGAUGGUGAGUGCUCUUCCAGCACUGGCAAGCGGACUCGCUUUCAUUUUCUUGCCGGAAAGUCCCAAAUUUCUGAUGGCCAUGGGAAAAAACGAAGAAGCUCUUGAGGUCUUCCAGAGAGUUUACAGGAUCAAUACAGGAAAACCUAUGGAAACUUAUCCGAUAAAAAAUCUGGUCGAUGAAAUCAAAAUAUACACUAUCGAUGUAAAUAACUCGGAGGAUAAUGAUUCUGUCACAAAAACAAAGAACACUGGGUUCAGGGAUGGCUUCCAAAACAUUUCGCCGACUUUUUUUUGGCCGAACAUUACCAAAAUGGUUUUAGUUUCGCUGUUACAAUUCAUGACUAUGAUGAGUUUGAAUACUUUACGUUUGUGGUUACCUCAGAUAUAUCAGGCGAUGAAUGACUAUCGGUAUUACAACAAUGAUGAGGAGGCUACACUCUGCGAAAUGCUAGAAAUAUUCCAACUGACUAAUGACAGUAUGAACACGACCAAGGCGUGUGAAGUGAAUUCCAAUAACACAGAGGUGUAUAUAAUUUCUAUGAUUGUGGCCAUAACCAGUAUUUUUGGCUACAUAACCGCUGGAACAUUGAUCAACUCUAUUGGAAAAAAGAAACUGUUAAGUAUUUUGGGACUUGUAUCUGGUUCUAUGGCAAUGACAAUGUACUUGUCACGAAAUGUUCUUUCCACGAUCAUAUUUUCUGCAAUGUUCGUGACCUUUGGAAGUAUAGGAAUAAAUGUUAUUCUGGCCGUGGUAGUCGAUCUAACUCCAACUUCUUUGAGAACGAUGUCUGUUUCUUUAACAAUGAUGUUUGGGCGACUUGGAGCGGCAUUGGGAAAUAUGGGUUUUCCUUAUUUAUUAGAAUCUGGAUGUGCACCUCCAUUUUUCUCCGUAGGAUCUGUGAUGAUAGGCUGUUCUUUUUUGGCAUGUUUCCUUCCUAAUACUGAUAUGAAAGCAUUGCAGUAAGGAUUAUUAUUAUUAUUUUUGUUCAAUAAAGUCUUUUUACUCCA